UUUUUUACACAAAAUGGCGGCCAGUCUGUGGUAUUUCUCGUGAUUGUAUUUUUUUUCCUUUUCUUUUUUCCCUCUUUACAAAGCAUGUCCAUCGUUUCAUGGGCGUGCGAGUACUUUAUUUCUGCAGUUAAAAUGGAAUACUAAGCAUAUUAUUGAAGAAUAUUUGUAUUAGAAGAACGAGCAUUUAUAGAAUCAAGUCGGGCAUCAACUUCCCGCCAAGUUCAGAAAAAAAAGUGUUUUCAUUCAAACUCGUAAAACAUGAGUGAAUUCAGAAUCCAUCACCAUGUCUCCGAGCUACUCUCUCUUCUUGGGGCUUCAGGAGGGGAGGGACCCGAGGUCUACACAGAAAUGCUGAUGAAAAACAUGACACCUUAUGUUACAACACAGGUGUCGGCUCAUACAGCAAAGCGCAAGAUUGCUGAGUGUUCAACUACACCAAGAGAAUUUCUCAAGAAAUAUGACGAGCUUAAAUCUAAAAAUGUCCGUGAGCUAGACCCUCUUGUUUACUUGCUUUCCAAACUUGUGGAAGACAAACAGGUAUAAUGGAACCGCCAGACUGAAAGUCUAAAACCCUGAUUUUUUGCCAGUCAUUUAUAUAGCAAUAUAUAGUCAUUUAUAUACCUCUGUUGAGCAGACACUUUUUACAGUCCCACCUUUAUAAGCAGUAUUUAUACCUUUACAGUGUACAUACAUCUUAUAGAAAUAAUUGUGGUUUUUAGAUGUAAAUGAAAAGCUUCUCUGUCUUGAUAUAAUGUAUAAAAUCUCAUAUGUACUGUAUUUACUCCUGUAUUAUAUGCACUUAUUUAUAAUAUGCUCCCUGAUAACAAGUAGACUUCUUUCUUGCCUAUGUCCUUCACGGCACAUUCCAGACAUUUUCAUUGAUUUAGAUUUGGUAUAUGUCAAAACAAUGCCCCGUGGAGUUUAAAUAACUUGACUAACUUAUUUGUGGGCGUUAAUUCCCUAGAGCUUUCUAUUGUUUUAAUUAUAUUAUGCAUGUUUUUUACCUCUCAAACAAAAAGUUUCAUGUAUAAUACACACCACAAUUUUUUAGGUUGUUUUCGCGUGAAAAAGUUCUUGUUAUACAUGAGUAACUUAUGGUAUAUAGAUAACAUGUAUUGUUUAAUAUGGUUGUAUAUGCUGCUAAU